AGGAAAGGCACAGAGGGACACAGCUACCUCUGAUGAAGGUACUGGACGCACCAUGUUUGGAGCUUUAUUUUUUGUUUCAUGCAAAGACAGAUUUAUAACACCCUGAAAAUCCAAAAUGGGUUCUGAGGAAAAACCAGUGGAGCCUGCAGAUGAUCCAUCUCAAAAAGACACACCGGAGAAGGAUAGGAGCUCUCCUGCAGAUCUCCUUGAGGGACGAGCAUCUCAGUCCACGGACCCUCUCAACACAUACAAAUGGAAAACCGGCUCCAAGGGAUCCCUUCAUGAGGGGAUGGAAGAUGGAACUGAGAAGGUUCAAAAAGGAAUCAAAUGGAGCAAAAUGCAAACCUGGCGUAAAGCAAUGAGUGAGGACACCGAAGACAAAGCGACCAAGAUGAACUCCACACGAAAGAAUCCCUUCAGAAGGGCCUUUUCUUUGCCUCCUGCCGCGCUUUUUGCUACCCUGACACAGUCCUCCGUCUCUGUCGGUGCAUCAACCCCCACAGAGGCCGACUGCGACACAUCCGCAGAAACCCAACAAGACGGCGGAGGGGCCCGCUUGAAAAAGUACUGGAGGUCCGUGUCUCAGAAGCUGAAAAGGCCCAGACUGCUCAGCAGGAACAGCACCCCCUCAUUACCGGGUUUGGAUGAAGGUCAGCAUGAAGCUGAACAUCACAAGCAGCAGUGGGUGCCACCCCAGGAGGUUCCCCUAUGGAACAUCAGCAACUGUGUUCUUGAAGAUGGACAGAUUCUCAUCUCUCCAGAGGAGGAACCGACAAUGUGGACACGGAACCAUGUGACCAGCUGCCUGUCCAGCCUCAGCAUGCAGAACCUUGUGGAUAUGGAAACAGAAUGUACUCCUGACCACUUGGGCCCUCGACCGAAGAAAGAAGAAGGUGGCGUGAGGGCGCUGAUUAAGCGACGGCUUGAGAACAAGGCAAAGAGAACCAGCAACACUCAAGUCAACCCCAUGGGACUCCACAAAGGAAGCAGGCACUACGGCUCUAGGGAGUCCAUGUCCAUUCCAGUGAGUCCAGUGGGAAGUCUGGAUCUAAGUGCAGAUGCCAGCACUGUCGUCAGGCCGGUCCACAGCUCUAUUUUAGGGGAGAAGUACUGUUUUGAGGUCAUCAACUCAGAGAGCACGCACUGCUUUGGCUGCUCCUCAGCUGCAGAACGUGAUCGAUGGAUUGAAGAUCUGAGACGGGCUGCCCAGCCCAACAAGGAUAACACUGAGCGCACAGAGAACUCCCUCAGUCUGUGGGUCAACGAAGCAAAGGAUCUGCCACCCAAACGCCGUUACUACUGUGAGGUACAUCUGGACGGGACUCUGUUCGCCCGUUCCAGCAGCAAGGUGUCCAGCCGCUCUCAUCUGGCUGGGGACAGCUCCGCUGGUUCUUCCGGACACCUGGGCGGGAAUGGAGGAGGAGCCGGGGGCUUUCAGUUGUUCUGGGGAGAGUUCUUUGAGCUGGACAAUCUUCCCUGCAUCUCCCAAAUCACGUUGUACCUUUUCUGCGAAGAGGACUCCAAAAAGAAGCGGCAUUCCGGGGAAGCGUUCGGCCCACAUCUGCUCGGCAGCGUGGAUAUUCGCUUAGCGGAGAUUCGAGGCAGGGCCUAUCAGGAAAAGUGGUACCCCAUCAUUCCGUGCAAGGUCUCAGCCUCGGCAUGCAGCAAAGAACUUCUGGGGCCACAGGCCUCUCUCCGCAUCAAGGCCCGGUUCCAGAACCUGCAGGUUCUGCCGAUGGAGAAAUACAAAGAAUUUGCCGAGUAUGUGACUGUGGACUAUGUGGACAUGUGCAAAAGCUUGGAGCCUCUUGUGAACGUCAAAGAGAAGGAGGAGCUGGCAGGAGCUCUCGUCCAUGUGCUGCAGAGUAUUGGCAAAGCCAAGGAGUUCCUUGUUGAUUUGGCCAGAGCUGAAGUUGAGCGUCUGGGAGAGAAGGAGGCGUUGAUCUUCAGAGAGAACAGCCUUGCCACUAAAGCCAUAGAUGAAUACAUGAAGCUGGUGGGACAGAAGUAUCUCAUCGACACGCUCGGGGACGUUAUUACACGCCUCUACAUGACGGGGGACGGCUACGAAGUCGACCCUCGCAAAUGUCAUGCCUCGGAGCUAUCAAACAAUCAGAAGCACUUGAUGGAAGUGUGCGACCAGGCAGUGCGGAAAAUUAUUGACCUGCACGGACACUUUCCCGAAGAGCUGAACAAGAUUUUCUCAAGCUGGACCGAGAUGUGUGAAGACCAGGGAAGACCAGAGAUUGGUCAACGUCUCAUCUCCGCUUCCCUCUUCCUUCGCUUCUUGUGUCCGGCUAUCCUCAGUCCAUCGCUGUUUGGUUUGACGCAGUCUUACCCAGACUCGAACACGCUUCGCACACUGACCUUAACUGCUAAGGUCAUCCAGAACCUGGCGAACUUCACCCUGUUUGGAGAGAAGGAGGCGUACAUGGUCUUCAUGAAUGAAUUCUUACAGCAGCAUUGGGAUGGAAUGAGGGGCUUUCUACUCACCGUGUCGGAUCCUUGCACCGAGAUCCCAAUGAGCUCAUUUGAUGGAUAUGUGGAUCUACCUUUGCGACUGGCCGUGCUGCAUGGUCUGCUGGUUGAUAUCGUCCAUCAGAGGGCCCAGGAAACAAUCGAGAAGUUGCAUCCUCUACCUUGGAUUCUGAACCAGAUAACAGAGUCCCUGGGCCCUGGGGUACCCCACAUCCCAAUAAACAGUCCACGGAGACAAGUGAAACCAAUGUACGUUCCUCCUAAAGACCUGAGCAAGUACAGCCCUCACCAGUCGUCUCUCCAGCAGCUUCCCCAGGACUCCAAGGGUCUAAUAAACGGCGAUUGCGGAGCCCGGAGGAGGAAGCCUGUCACCCGAACUCAGAGUGCCCCAUAUAGACGUCCUGAGAAGAGGAUCAAGAGACACACAAGUUCUGAAGCUCUGCCCAUAGCCAACGAUGAGCAAGAUCUGCCUCUUAUCUCAUCCCCACAAGCUAGCGAGUCAAGCAAAGCAUGUGCACCAGUUCCUUGGAUUAAAGACAUCCAAAAGAAGGACCCCAGUGAGAUGCAAGAAGAACACGAAGGACUCAGCUUACUGGAUCGGCACACCCAAGAACUGUCUGAGCUCCGCCUGGGCGUAGACCAGGUGACGGAGCGGGAGCUUGAAAUGGCAAAGAGGCUGGAGGACUUCAUCAUCCAGAGCAUGGAUCAGCACGCAAUGCUGCAGGCCCAAGUCAGCGAGAUCCGGGACCUGCUGGCCGUCCGUGAUGAGCAGCUUGCCAGCGCCACCUUCAGGUUGGGGGUGAUCGAGGAGGAGAGGGAGAAUGACGAGCGCAAGAUGAAUGUCGCCACGGCAGCAGCCGAGCGAAUGAACACGUUGGAGGAGCAGUUUGUAGACUUGAUGAAGGACCUCCGGCGCCUCAACGAGGCCUACCACAGUAUCGUGCAAGCUGGUGAAAAGCAACCUGUUUAGAUUUCAUAUGCAUUCCCCACAAUCGUUCCUAUGCCGCGGUUUAAUUGUUAAUCAAUCUUGAAUAAAGUACCCAAAAGCUAUGCUGUAUUUGGGAAUCGUACUAUGUAACUUCUAUGUUCAAAAUAAAUAAAACUAU